CAUUUAUCAACAUUAUUCAACAGUCAACAGUCAACACUGCUUCUGUGGACAAAACCAAAAUUUUGCAUUUUGUGGAGAUUAAGAAUUUACUUUAAUUGAUAAUAAAGAAAUAAAUUUGUUUUCUAAAGUAACAAACACAUACAAUUGUUGUAUUUUCGUUGUAAUUGAAUAUUACUUAUUUCAAUCAUCUUUUCAAAAGUCACCAUGUUCCAGUCAACGAGUGAGCUUGCUAAUCGUAUCCCUAUCGAAAAGGAGAAGUCUCCUAUUAGUGAAGAUAGUGAAACAUACGAUUGUGAUAUGUGCGAUUCUGGUGGAUGGACAAGUGAAACAGAAAUCGAAGUACACAAACACAUGAAGCAUAAACAGGAAAUGUUACAUUUGCUUUAUCAAGACUCCGAUGAAUUGUGUGAAAUAUGUCUGAAAAAAUUUGAUAGUUCAGAUGACUUAAAGAAGCAUAUUAAAUCUGAACAUCUUCUUAGCUCUGAAGAUGCUGUCCGUGUUGAAAGAGAGCUGUUUAUUUGCGAUAUAUGUCAGGCUUUCUUCUUCAACAAAAAGCAGUUGGCUGUUCACAUAGUCCACUGUCAUAUCGAUAUAAAGAAAAUAGAGUGUGCUCGCUGCAAUCGAACAAUACCAGUAAAAAAUUUAUGGUUUCACUAUAUACACCAUAACAUACAGAGUGUUGCUACUUGCGAAAUAUGUUUUCUUAAGUGUAAAGAUCGUAAAGCAUUGAAAGAACACAUCUUUACCCAUAGUAAAUAUUUUCAUUGUGAGAUAUGUCAAUAUCAAACAAAAAAGGAGGAUUUAUUUAAUAAUCAUAUUCAGUUGAGACACAAACGAAAUUUUUCCAAUCUUCCAACAUAUAAUAAUAUAGACAUAUAUUUUUAUCCCACAUCUUAUACAAAAAAAUUGUCUAGGACAUCCCAUUUCCGUGGGUUGAUGCUGUCAAAUGAUUUUAGAGUUUGUAUAUUGUGUCGAGAAAUUUUUAACAAUUUAGUUAAGAUGCAAAUGCAUAUAUAUGAACACGUCAUGGGAAAUGAAAUUAUUGAAAAUAAGUAUCAGUGUAUGUGUGGAGAGGUAUUCUCAAAUAAGGUACUUUUAAAACAGCAUGUAUUUCAGUUAAAAGGAAACCAUGGUCCUAAACAUUAAAUAAUAAGUUGCACAAAAUGAGUGUUAAGGUUUUUCUUAUAUAAAAUUAUAAAGUAUAUGGAUGACAAUUCCCCAAAAUACCACAUGCCUAGCCUUAUAUAUAGGUAUAUUAGAUACAGGAUGAAUGGGGACAAAGGAUUGUAUCUUAAGUUAUUUUCCCAUAGCAGACAUUGAGACAUCUUACACUGUUAAACAUUACAUCUAAGAAAAAAUAUAAUUAACAAUGUACAUACUUUAUUUUAAAUUCAUAAAAGCAGCUCAGUUCAGUUCAGUUUUAGCAUAUUUGUCAUUUUAUUUGUGUGCUUAUCAUUAUGUUGUAAGCUAUACUUAAGAAUUUAAUUUUACUUCAAGUACUAUUUAUAUUUUUUGGUAGAUGUAGUAUAUUUGGUAUCUCAUUUGAUAAGAUUGUCUCUUACAAUGGCUUUUGUUUUAAUUAAUUGAUAUUUGUUUAACAUUUCAUCAAAAAAUUAAAUUAAUUGUAUCUUGUUUUGGAACAUAUAUAAUACAUUAAUUAACUUAACAUGAGUAUUAGUAUUUUUCAUAAUUUUUUAGGUGAGCAAUUUAGAAAAUCCUUAGAAAUUUGCAAAAUAUGUUAGGUUAGAUAAAUUUUAAUAAAAAAUUAAAUUUAUAAAACAUGUAAAGUUUGUGAUCGUUGUGUUUCUAAGGCCCUUUCUCCACUGCUCCGGUCCGGCGUCGGAUACCGGAAUGAGUCAUGAGAAAAAUAUCGGAAGGAAAAAUUGCGCUUCUCCACUAUAUCCGAUCCGAAAAUAAUCGAUACUUGUAUAUUUAUCUUACAUGAUAAAUACCACCACUUAUAUUAACUAAAACCCAUAUACUUUAUUUUGUUAAUAAAACGUUCUAAAUUCUGAAUACUUUAUUGCCCUGGCAAGUUUAUUACUUUUUUAUAUUGUCUAUCUUAAAAUAUUAUAAUCAACUUAAUAAAUAGUUCACUAAUACUAUGGUAUAAAAAUAUAAAGAAAUAGCAACAUAAUUUGGUUUGGUCCAGGUUAUCCAGAUUCUUUCAAAUUAAAGAAAAUAUAAAUAAACAUGUGAAUAAUAAUUUAUAACCUCUUGGAUACUUGGACCGAUAAAACACCGCUUUCCGAUCUAGCAAGUUAUCGGAUCGUUAAAAACCAAACGCCAGAGUAGUGGAGAAGUACGUAAGUACUGUUGUGAGUUUCUAAAUCGGAUCGGUAAUUAACGUUUGCCGGACCGGAGCAGUGGAGAAACGGCCUAAGGGGUUCAAUGUAGGUAUGUAUUUUUAGUCAGUUAAUUAAAAACAAGGAUGUUCAGGAUUAUAAAAAAAAGUCAAAUAUAAAUGCUCAUACUUAUAUAUUAAAUGCAAAUCCAUUAUAAUGUCCAGUACAAUUAUUGUCAGAAAAUAAUAAAUUAGGUACCUAAUUAAUAAAUUCUUGCACUGUUUC